UUGAAUUAUAUGAACUGGGCUUGUUAGUUGGGGCCCAAUUAUAAUUUGCUUAUUUCGGCCCAAUUACUUGGCGGGAAAAUCAUUAAGCUUUUCUAGAAAGUGUUGUUUUGUUGCAAUUUUUUCUUGGCUUUGAGAGUUCGCAAAAAUGGAGAAAUAUUUGGUAUCGAAAAAGCCUUGUAGAGAACGGGUUAAGCUUCCUCUAAGGUUUCGAUGGAAGAGCAGUUUAGUUGAAUUGAAUGGGAAAUUUGAGGCGAAUUAUCGUCAUGAAAUGAUGAACUUGCUUAUGCGUUCGUAUUCUGAGGUUGGAUGUUUUCAGCAUUUGUAUAGCAGGGAAAAUGGGACAAUUUGCUACUCUAAUAUUAAUCGAAUUCUCACCGAUGCACAUACUCAGGCUAAUCUUUUAUAUAGAAGAAGGAACGGUGUAACUUCUGUAGACUUUGACAAGAAGGGAAUAUACUUGGCGUCUGUCACGAGAUCAGGUUGCUUAACGGUUCAUGACUUUGAAGCUCUUUAUUGCCGGACAAACAAAUCAACUUGCUUGCAAGAAGACGAGAGCAAACUUUUACUGCAUCUCUCACCUGAUCACCAACUUGAUGUUGUCAAAUGGAAUCCUCUUGACCAGAAUGAGGUUCUUUGUGCCUCUAUUAAAAGUAAUGUACUACUCAUAUUUGAUGUUGCAUAUAUGAUCUCAGAACCAAUUGAUGAGUUACGUACAAGAAAUACCGCCACCGUUAGUGGAUCCAACAUACCCAAAGGUCUAUCUGAUGUUGCUUUUGCAUCAAAUGAUUCAAGGAUCUUUGCUUCUGAUACGCAUGGUACAGUUAAUGUUUGGGAUAGAAGAGCGAAGGGUCUACCCUGCCUCGAACUUACUUCUGCUUCAUUUGGUACCCUUAACAGCAUCCAAUUAGAUGCAGAAAAUCAGAUUGUUUUUGGUGCUGGGAGGCAUGGGAUUGUGUAUGUGUGGGAUAUACGUGGUGGAAGAGCAUCUACUUCAUUCCUAACUCACAAAGAGAUAUGCCAUCCACCAUUAACAUCAGUGAAGUUGGCAACAUUACUAGAGAAGAUUGGAUCCUUGAAGGCACAAGCAGAAAUUGUUCCCAAGGAGAUUCACUCUAUUGGUCUUAAUCCGUCCUUCCCAAAUCAGUUAGCAUUCCAUAUAGCAGACGGCUGGUCGGGCAUUUUGGAUAUUCAUAAUUUUAAAGUUACACAUAUUCAUUGCCCACCCCCAGCUUGGUUAAAUGAUUCCUAUGCUUCCCUUGAUCAAACGGAUUUAAGAAAACCUUCAUGGUUAUCGACAUGUUCGAUCUAUUUGGCAGGGUCACCCGUUAAUCGCGGCCUUCAUAUGUUAGAUUUCUACCCGACUAUCAGCUCACCGUGUCACGUGGAUUACAAGGAGGAUAUACCAGAAUUUUCCAGUUCGACAAAACAAAAGAAUCAAAAUAGAUUCAUUCCUUUAACUGAAGAAGUUUUGUCAUGUGCUGCUCAUCCUUUGUACAGUGCCAUCGUAGCCGGAACAAAGGGAACAUCUUUGCUUGUGGUUUCGCAAAAACGCAAGUCAUGCAAAGGAGAAGAUUAGUAUCAAGCAUUUGGCAGAAUAGAUUGUAGAGUAGGGGUAAUUGGAAUGUGUUUCUUCACAAUCAAAUUAACUAGUCCUAUUAUAUGACUCUCCAACAUACCAUUUUUGGGAUUCUUUUCUUGUACAAUAGUUAUAUGAGUUUGGUUCAAAUUAAAAUUGUUUUUGUAUCUAUCUCACUUAAAAUACUUACAAAAGUCAAAUCAUUAAAGCUAAUGUUAACAAAACUAAGUAAAUCCCACUAUCCACUAGCGGGGGUCUCGUUUAAAAUCAGAGCAGAGCUUUGUAUAAACAGAUCCAACACAAGAAUUGUUAGCACUUAGUAGAAUUCAAACUCAGGAUCUUAAGAGAAGUUCAUCAGAAUCAGAAUCAAUUAUUAUUCAUGUACCAAA